AUGCCCACAGCCAAGCAUUGUGAAACAAUUCAUGCUCGAUUUGAGAUUAUCUGGAAAUUUUUAGAAGAUAAGGUUCUUCAUCCGGAUAAAUAUUUGAAAGGAAUCAAACAAGUAAAUAUUCUUGAACAAACGGUAACUCCAGUUGGUCUUAUAGUUGAGAGAGAAAUUUUGUUCGACGAUCCAACAUUUGAAAACAUCAAAGAGCUAAUUAUAUCGGAUAAAGUCUCAGGACAAGUUGUCUACCGUCUCAAAGAUAAUCCAAAAUUUGAAGGUGAAACGGUGAAUGUUUGUCGUCCCACAAAUGUGGUUUAUUUAUCUCAAUUAGAAUACAGUUUAAAUUGGAAAUUAAAAGAUGUAGCAAAACAGGAAACAGAUGCUGAAGAAGAAAUUGGACGAAAAGCGUUACAGUUGGCUUUUGAAGAAAUGAAAGCUGUUUCAGAGAAAGCCGAACGUGAACAAUACCCCACAUGA